AAGGGCUGACAUGGGGACAGGAUGACUAUUUAGGGUUUCGUGCUCCAGGUGCAGGAUAGGCUGCUGAUGGAUCUCUAUACACUGCUCAUUAGUGCUCUGUGCACCCUGUUGCUCCCAGUCCUCCUCUUUCUCACUGCUGUCAAGUUAUGGGACCUUUACUGUGUGAGCCAGAGGGACACAACGUGUGGAGCCCCUCUACCCCCUGGAACCAUGGGGCUUCCAUUCUUCGGAGAGACUCUUCAAAUGGUCCUACAAAGAAAAAAGUUUCUCCAGGCCAAGCGCAGAACUUAUGGACGCAUCUAUAAGACCCAUCUGUUCGGGACCCCCACAGUGAGGGUAAUGGGGGCUGAUAAUGUCCGACAGAUCCUCCUUGGAGAACACAAACUGGUGUCUGUCCAGUGGCCGGCGUCUGUCCGCACUAUCCUCGGGUCCAGGUGUCUGUCCAACCUCCAUAACUCCCAGCACAAGGAGAUGAAAAAGGUUAUCAUGCAAGCCUUCUCCAGGGAAGCCAUGGAAAACUACGUGCCGGUGAUAGAGGAGGAGAUGAGGAGCGCGAUGGGCGGGUGGCUGCAGGACGGCUCCUGCGUGCUCCUUUACCCCGCUGUCAAGCGCCUGAUGUUCCGUAUCGCCAUGAGGGUCUUGCUGGGCUUUGAGACCCAGCAGAUGGAAGACACCGAGGAGCAGCCCAUGAUAGAAGCCUUCGAGGAAAUGAUCCGCAACCUCUUCUCUCUGCCCAUUGACAUUCCCUUCAGCGGCCUCUACAGGGGUCUGCGGGCUCGGAAUAUAAUUCAUGCCAAAAUUGAGCAGAACAUCAAAGAGAAGCUCAACAAGGAGCCGGAAAGAUCUUGGAAAGAUGCACUCCAGCUCCUGAUAGAUCACAGCCAGCGGAAGGGAGAACCCAUUGACUUGCAGGCAUUAAAAGAAUCUGCAACAGAGCUCUUGUUCGGGGGCCACGGAACCACGGCCAGCGCGGCCACCUCCCUGAUCACCUUCCUUGCUCUAAACAAUGGAGUUGUGCAGAAAGUCAGAGCGGAGCUCCAGGCAAAGGGACUUUUAUCCACCAAACCCGACGAAAGAAAAGACUUGUCCAUUGAAAUAUUGCAACAGCUUCAGUACACGGACUGCGUCUUAAAAGAGACCCUUCGGCUGAACCCACCGGUCCCUGGGGGAUUCCGAGUUGCCCUCAAGACCUUUACUUUAAAUGGCUAUCAGAUUCCAAAAGGCUGGAACGUCAUCUACAGCAUCGCCGACACUCACGACGAAGCCGACAUCUUCCCGAACAAAGACGAGUUCAACCCCGACCGCUUCCUAACGCCUUUCCCCCAGGACUCCUCCAGAUUCAACUUCAUACCCUUCGGCGGGGGCGUCCGGACUUGCGUGGGCAAAGAGUUCGCCAAAAUCCUUCUGAAGAUCUUCAUCGUCGAGCUUUGCCGAAAUUGCGACUGGGAGCUUUUAAAUGGGACUCCUGCCAUGAAAACCAGUCCCAUCGUGUACCCCAUGGAUGACCUUCCUACCACCUUCAGACCCUUUAAUGGUGCAAUCUAAGCAUUUUCUAGAUGUAAAAAGUAUAUAUCUGACUUUAUAACAUUUUCCGUUUUAUAUUUAACUUGUACAGUGCUUUAGUUUAUUUUUAUUUAUAAAUAUUUCCCUUGUAAAGUGAAUACCAUUGUUCUUGUAGAAAAUAUUAUAUUUAAAUCUCGCUUCGGACUGGUAUUAUUGGGUAUUUACGUGAUUAAAAGUAAUAUUAAAAUGUAUAUAUUGUAAAUAUGCUUUUCGUGUAUCAUAUAUUAAACGAUUUUAA